UUUGACAGGAUCAUUGGUGGUGGCACAUGCCCGGUUAGUAAAGAGCAUUCACCAUUCAUCACCGUACUAACUGGACAUUAAGCCUAUGACUGUCCGUGAUUUCAUGACCUACCUUAUCUAUGUGGAGCAUGCUGCCGAGAAUCUCCAGUUCUAUCUCUGGUUCCAGGACUAUGAAAAGCGCUUUAAUGCGAACCCAACAACAGAUGUCAAGCUCGCUCCCGAGUGGACUAGGGCCAUGCAGGACGAAGCUGUUAUCAAGAUUAGAAAGGAACAAUCAGAUAAGAUGCGAAAAGAGUCUGAGGCAGCGGCCAUCUUUAAAGGUAGCGACUUUGAGAAGAAGGUCGGCAGCCAGGACCGGAACAUGAGCGCUGUUGACCCCUUCGCAACACCCCCUCAAAGCAGCAAAGGGGACGAUUCCUCGAUCUAUACAGCCUCUUGCGCAAUGAAGUCACUCAAUGCAAUGAGUCAUCAGAGCCAAGCAUCUGACGCCUUCAAGAUGGCUGGAGCGCAACAGCCUUUCACGAUCCAGCCAUUUCGAGAAGAGAUCAACAGAGUGAUCUCAACAUAUAUAAUGGAAGGUGCACCUCGGCAACUGAACCUAUCCUCCUCUGAACAGAAGGCGGUCAUUGUAGCGCUCUCCAAAACAACUCAUCCUAGCGCUUUUCGAAGCGUCUUCAAGACUGUUGAUUCAAGCCUUCGGCACCAAGCUCAUCCCAACUUCAUCCGAUGGUCUAUCUGCAAUGGAAACCCUGCCCGCGUGUUCUUCGCUCGAUCACUGGGCGUUGGACUGAUUGCCGCAGGCAUCGUUGUUGGGCUCAUUCUCACGCUGAGCAACGCUGGCCGAGGAUACCGGGCAUUGGCAGCCAUAGCCCUUGUUCUUGGCAUAAGCACACUUGUUGCGGCCUAUAAGGGCAUGUGUGUUGUUCUGCAUGGGAUGCAUCACCGCCAUGUCAGGCCGUGGGAACUGUUUGUGGACAGCGAGAACAUGGAAGAUGCGCAGAAGCAGAGUUUUGACUCGUUCGGAUCUCAAAACAGUUACGAGGAUGAACCCUGGGUCGUCAAGUACGAAAAGCGCAAUGUUGUCCGCAAAGUGUUCGACCGCGAGGUCUGGAUUCAGGAGCCAGCACUGCGACAGAUUCAAGACACCAUCUUUGUCCAGGCAAUACUCGCUUCAGUUCUCCUGGGCGGCAUCGUCACAGCUAUCUUUGUUGCUGUUCCCGGAGGCCAUUUCUUUUGAUCGCCCAGAGAGCUUCGUUCUGUUCCUGCCAUGACAAAAGGGCUACACUGCCCCAUGGCAAUAUUUUAAUAGCCUCCUUUAAAUUUUUUGUAUUGGCCUUUGCUAUGAUCUCAGCUGCGGAUACCCUACUUGUUUGUGGAUGUGGGCGUUUGAGGGGAGUGUCUAGGAGAUUCUCGGGUACAUUUUGCUGCGGGCAAUUUUGUCUAAAACAGUAUCGACAUUGCUUAUAAUUGACACCAUAGUUGAUAACAGAUGAAAAACGACCGCUCUUGAAGACUGUGUCCUUGAAUGCCGCUCCGUUCCGUUUAUUAAAGCCGACGGCAAUUCAGGUUGCCAAGCUCGGCAUCAAGUCAUGACCCCUCCGUAGCCGGGCCAUCGGGACUGUCAAACUCGUGCAUUAUGAUGCGGGAGUAAGAACACUUGCAUUGCGUCUCACCGUGAGCAGAAAAAAAAAA